UCUAGAGAGAUAAUUUUAUAACUGAUUGUCGCUGUUUCUUAUAAUGGAAACGUCGGCAGUAUUAUAUACGGCUGCUUUCAUAGCAUAUGGACUGAUGGAUGUCCUUGGUUUAAUGCCUCAAGAAAUCAGCAGUGCUGGGUUGACCUUGCCAGGAUUAUUCUCCAAAUACUUUGGUGAUCCUAGCUUGGACUUUACACGGUAUCAUUUAAGACGAACUACUUGUUCAGUCAUUGUUCAUCUCUUUUUACCCUUGGUGUACUGCAUUGGCCUCAGCUUUGUGUGUCCAUCGCUUCACAUGUUUAACCCACGACUCUGGUCAGCGACUACUCUGAGCAUAUGGCUUCCAUCAGUUACUGUCGGUAUGAUUGGACUGUCUAUAGCUCUGUACUGGUACACCAAUAACUGGCAAAGACACCCAAUGACAGUACAGCUCUCUCAGUUGGGGCAGCCAUGGAGGAGGGUGGCUGGUUCUAUUAAUGCUGAGUUUCUACACAUUGACAAGUUUGUGUCGCAACUUGGCGGCAGCACUGUGAUUGUCACCGAUUCUUGGAUAAUUCAGUGCAAUGUCCACUCUGUGAACCUAAUCCAUCAGAGAGAUGCAGUUCUUAAUGUAGCUGCAGCUGAUGAGCACAACUUCACUCUUGAUGGCCAGUCAAAGCAGUAUCUAACAAUUAAUGUCAAUAGUAUAAACUCUAAGUUUAAGUCUUUCAGCAUAAGAUUGAACUCUCAUCAAUAUUCCCAGUUGACGGAUAAGCUGCAAGCUCCUAUUCGCACAGCCAGAACAGUUCUCAUUCAACAAUCUCUUAGUGAUCGUUUCAUCUCUGCAUUUAGAGAACAAGUGCAGAGAAAUGGAAUGUAUCAAAUACCACCAGGGUCACCUGCUUUGGAGCCAUGUGUUGGCUGUCUUCAAGUGCUCCCACAAGUCAAAAUACAGAAAAUGUGUGCACCAGUUGAUGACGGACAGUGUCGGCAAUGCUUCUGCCGACCCAUGUGGUGCUUGUCCUGUAUGAGUAAAUGGUUUGCUGCGAGACAAGACAAGGACAGACCAGACUCUUGGAUGUCUUCCACUGCUCCGUGCCCCAUGUGUAGGGCAAAGUUUUGUAUGUUGGACGUGUUUGAACUGAGUCUGUGAAGUUUUUCAUAUGCCUAAUCAGAUUGCCAAAUAAAUUAUUAUACAUGUAAGAA